GCUGCCUGUACGCUGGGGUUUACUUCGGUGAAUGAAACGACUGUGAAAAUAAGAUAGAGAAAAAUUAAACCAACAUUGUUUGUAUAUUUAUAAAGAAACCGGAAGUUAAUUAAGUAGAAACUAAAGUAGAACAAUGGAUGUCACAGCAGAGGCCAAGCAGAUUAUGAUCCAGGCUUUGGGUAAAAUGUACAGCUCGCGCACCCAGCGCGGUGGACUUCGUCUCCACCGGAGCCUGCUGCUGACGCUCGUCAUGAAAUCUGCAAGGGACAUCUACCACUUUGCCAGACUGCAAAACGAGAACAAGGGACAAACGGACACAUCCAGUGUCACAGAGAGCACAUCACAAACAGACGAGCCGAUGGACACAGCAAGCUCCACGGUGUCUGAAGUGCCAACUCAACAGUGCACUAUGGAGAUACAACCUUCCGAGGAUAAGCAAACGCACGAACUCGAAACCCAGCCGGAUCUCCACAGUCCUACACAACCGAUAGUGGACAAAGAGAACUGCAACCCAAGCAGACUAGACCGACACUCCAGAAAGAGACGGAGCAGAACAGCCACGGAGCCUGACUUCCUGCCAUGCAAAAAAGCCAAACUGGAGAGUGAGGAGGUCAGAGGAAUUCUGCAGACAUCCCAGAAUAAUUCUGCGAACUGUGGUAGAAAGCUGGACUCUCUGUCAUUUGUGCACGUGCCAAGAGCAAUUGUGACAUUUUGAAAGGGAAGACUUAAAGCUCAGCACGAGGUAUUGUGCAGAGAGUGAAGGCAUAUGUGAACUUUGCGCACUACCGAGGGAAAGUCGUAGUGUGGCACAGAAACAGCAGCUAUCCCAAUAGCACUUUGCUGAAAGGAAUUCCCAGAUCUGGAGAAGGCGAUAUCAGAUCGAUGGAUUGCGCAAGUCCGGGCUUGUUUUGGAAACUUGAACUAUUGUUCAAAAACGAUCUGAUUCAGGACAUGUUGCCUACUUCUGAGGAAAAACUGUGAUCGAAACAAAUCCCAUGGACAUUAACAUGAACUUUUCCUAUUUAUUUAUUUGCCAAGAAUGUGUUCUUGUACUGAAUGUGUUUAAAUAUUACGUAUUUAAGUUUAAUACGUAUUUAAGGUGCUACCAGAACAGCCCAACACCACUGAGUGGGUCUUGGGUUAAUAUGACAUAAGCUAAUACACACCAAUUUUCUCUCUGUUUGAUAUCUACCUCACUUUUGUAUAAUAAAAGAUUUCGUAUCAUAAA